GAAAGAAACGUGCCUUAUGAAUUUUCUAAGAACAUGGGACAUAGCUGGCAUAAAAUUCAGAACAUUGAAGCAGAAUCGCGCUAGAUUCUUGACUUGAUUCCAUACAAUUAAUUCCACUUUCCAGUCCUGCAUAUGUUUUAGUCCAAACUACUACAUCACGAUAAGCAAUUUGCCGGCUUAAGUGCACAUUAAUCAUAUGUUCCGUGUAAUUCCACUCUACGAAAAUCUAGUUGAAUGAAGAAUAAUGUCCGUCAAGCCUGUGUGAACGGCGAAUGUAUGGAUAUGCCAAGAAUUCGAUGAUGUUACCGUGUUACCAUGCAACUGGCUCAUAGUUUUUCAUUAACGUGGUUCAGUUCACAUCAGUCAGGUCGGAUAUAUUUUUCGUUGGAGGCUCCACAGAAGAAGUCAGCUGUCAAAGCUGAUUGUCAUCUGCAAUAGCUAGGAGCUAAAUGCUAAUUCAGCUUCCUAUCCAUUUCUAUGAACAUUUGAGAGGGGUUUGUAUAUAUCAGAAAAAAAAAGGUUUUGUAAAAACAUUAGAACCUGGCACUUUGAGAGUACAGGGUUUUAUAUUCUGAUCCAUUGCUGCUACAUGUCCAGCACAAAUACAUGAUAUACCAUGAGCGGUUUGUCUCCUCCUGCACUCCUCACCACUCUAUUUCUAAUCUUUGCUCUCCCUCGUUAUUUGUGUACGACAGACCAUGCCUAUUUGCAGCGUGGAUCUUCCCUCUCCGUAGAGGAUAACGCCGAUUAUCUGAUCUCACCAGAUGGAGCCUUCCAGUGCGGUUUCUACCAAGUUGGUUCAAAUGCCUUCACCUUCUCAAUAUGGUUUGUUAAAUCAGCUGACAGGACUGUGGUUUGGAGCGCAAACCCUAACCAUCUUGUAAAUGGCAAAGGAUCUGCCGUUACGUUGAGGAAAGACGGCAAAAUGGUUCUAACUGAUUACAACGGCGAGGUCAUUUGGGCCACCAAUACUUCCACUCCUGCCAAACAUGCCCAGCUGUUGGAAACUGGUAAUCUUGUCAUCAAGGACUCGAGUGGUGAAACUCUCUGGCAAAGCUUCGAUUCUCCCACUGAUACUUUGCUGCCUACUCAACCCAUCACCGCAAGUACAAAGCUGGUAUCUUCUAACCAAUCGCUUUCCCCAGGUUACUAUAGUUUUCGUUUCGUCGAAAACUAUAUACUCUCACUCACAUAUGAUGGUCCUGAACUUUCCGACAUCUAUUGGCCUGAUCCUGACAAUAGUGUGUGGGUAAAUAAUAGAAUAGCCUUCAACAGUAGCAGGUACGGAAGUCUUGAUGACUUGGGUCGGUUUUCUUCAAGUGAUAAAUUUACAUUCGAAGCUUCUGAUUUGGGUCCAGGGAUUAGGAGGAGGCUAACUUUAGACUAUGAUGGUAAUCUUAGGCUGUACAGCCUCAAUGAAUCGGAUAAGAGCUGGUCGGUUACAUGGAUGGCUCUUUCGCAAAUUUGUGAAAUACACGGUUUGUGUGGUAAAAACGGGAUUUGCAUGUAUGCUCCUAUGCCUGCAUGUUAUUGUCCUCCUGAUUACGAGAUGACUGAUCCUAGUGAUUGGAGCAAAGGAUGCAAGCCCAAGUUCAAGAUGAUUUGUGGUAAUUCUCAGAAAGUGAUUUUUCAUCCACUUCCUAACACUGACUUUUGGGGGUCUGAUAUGGAUUACAGCACGUCCAUAUCUUUCAUGCCUUGCAAGAAGAAUUGCACGAAUUCUUGUUCUUGCGUAGCUUUCAUGUAUAAAUGGGGCACAGGAGAUUGCUAUCUAAAAGCUGCCCUCUUCAAUGGUAAGAACUCUUCUGCAUUCCCAGGCACGAUUUACCUCAAAGUCCCCAAAAAUUUAACACUUUCAAAAAACUCUGUUCCUCAAGCACGUAAUCUUGUUUGCAAUGCAACAGAAGCAGUAGUUGAUUUAGCUUACUCUGACAAGUCUAGCACAAGUAGUGAUAAGACAACAUGGAAGUAUUUUUAUGGGUUCAUCUCGGCAAUUUUCGUUAUAGAAGCACUUUUUAUCAUUUCUGGAUGGUGGUUUAUUUUCAGGAGAGAGCAGAAACCGUUAGAAAUAGAGGAAGGAUAUAAGGUAAUAAGUAGUCAGUUUCGAAGAUUCACCUACAAGGAGUUGGAAAAGGCUACUGGGAAAUUUAAGCACGAGCUUGGGAGGGGAGGAUCGGGCACUGUCUAUAAGGGAGUACUUGAUGAUGAGAGAGUAGUCGCCGUGAAGAAGUUGGAAGACAUAAUACAAGGAGAGGAAGUAUUCAAAUCUGAACUACUUGUCAUAGGGAGGUUUAACCAUAUGAAUCUAGUGAGAAUGUGGGGAUUCUGUUUGGAACACUCGCACAAGAUGUUGGUAUUUGAGUAUGUCGAGAAUGGCUCCUUGGACAAGAUCUUAUUCAGCAGCGAGAGCACAAAUAGCUCGCUUGGGUGGAAGGAAAGGUACAAAAUUGCAGUAGGGGUGGCGAAGGGCUUGGCUUAUCUUCACCACGAGUGCUUAGAAUGGAUUAUACACUGCGAUGUGAAGCCUGAGAAUAUAUUGUUGGACCGAGAUUUUGAGCCCAAGANGCAGUUUUCCUUUUUAUAG